CGGAGAGGGUCUAGGCCCGAAACAUCAGCUUUUGUGCUCCUGAGAUGCUGCUGGGCCUGCUGUGUUCAUCCAGCUCCACACUUUGUUAUCUUGGAUUCUCCAGCAUCUGCAGUUCCCAUUAUCAGAGUUAACGUUUCGGAUCCUGUGACCCUUCCUCGAAAGGGCUGACGGGAUACUGGUAGACUGCCAUGGGAGGUCCGAUGUCCAGGGGCUGACGGGAUACUGAGGAAAGGUCACCGGACCCGAAAGGUUAAUUUUGAUUUUGUUUUUCUUCAAAGAUGCUGGUAGAUCUGCUGAGCCUUUCCACUAACUUCUGUUUUUGCCGCUGACAUGAUACUGGCACAUUGUCGAGGUUGUCCGCUUGCUAGGGGCUGACGGGAUACUGUAGACUGCCGUAAAGUUGCGGAUGGCUGAUGGGAUACUGGCAGACUGGCACUGAGAAAGAUGGCGGUGUUGGUGAGGAUGUGGACCGGUUCCUUGUGUGGUUUGGUGCGGAGCCUGAAGGUCAUGGAGCCGGUCAGGACGGUGACGGGCAGCGCUGUGCUUUGUAAACGUGCGGCUCCAUUGGGGCCAAUGCCCAACGAAGACAUUGAUGUGACAAACCUGGAGUCUCUGGAAAAGUACCGUAGCUAUGCCCGAUAUCUGCAGCAAGCAGAGGAAAAGAGCCGGCAGCCAACCUGGUGGAAGACUUAUAAGCAAUACACACAAGAGCCUGCUUCGGAGAAAAUUGACAUUGGUCUCCCUCAUUUUAGAGAAUCUCGGAAGAAGCAACUGAGGGAGCGCAGGCGCAUCACCAGGGAAAACCACAAAAACUCUGACCUUGAAAGACAAGCACGACAUAGGACAUUGUCAGUUCCGCUGGACGAGGUGAAAGCUGAAUGGGAGAUAACAAACGGGCCUUUCCAUUUGCGGAAAAUCAGCGAACACUAUGCUGUUUACAGAGACCUGUUCAACGGAGCAACUUUCCUUCCUCGUGUGAUGCUGCGUGUUCAGUAUGACUGUGAGGAUGACGUUGUGCCAGUAUAUCAUGGGAAUGUGGUCACCCCCACAGAGGCUUUAAAUUCUCCAAAAGUGUCUUUUGAAGCAGAAGCGGGGUCCCUUUGGACACUGCUGUUUACCAAUCCAGACGGACAUCUGAGAGACAAUGAUUCCGAGUAUGUCCACUGGCUGGUCGGUAAUAUACCUGGGAAUGCUGUAUCAGAUGGAGAGGAUGUCUGUCAUUAUUUCCCCCCUUUCCCUGCCAAAGGUACAGGAUAUCACCGCUGCAUCUUCAUCCUUUUUAAGCAGGAUAAAGUAAUCGACUUCAAAGAAGACUUCAGACCAUUGCCCUGUCACAGUUUGAAGAUGCGAACCUUUAAGACUUUGGAUUUCUACAAGAAACAUGAGGAUCUGUUGACUCCAGCUGGACUGGCUUUCUUUCAGUGUCGUUGGGAUGAGUCAGUCACAGACAUCUUCCACAAACUGCUGGAUAUGAAGGAGCCGGUGUUUGAAUAUGACUUUCCUCCAGUCUACCAUCCGCCUCAGAAGAAAUACCCUCAUGGUCAGCCGCUCCGGUACCUGGAUCGAUAUAGAGACAGCCAUGAGCCCACCUAUGGGAUCUACUGAUCUGGCAUGUGCUUUUUCAGGAAACACCCAGGCCUUGGCAGUUCGAGCUCAGGCUUACCGUCCAAAGUUAGUCUUAGCACCUCCCUUUAUUAGCACAGCAGCAAUCCUGUAAACAAUUUCACUGCACCACUUGUCCAAAAAACGCAUGUACUGAUGGAACAGAAAUAAAUAUUUUACUAAUAUACUGGUGUACUUAGAAAAAUUGAAAAUGUGUGCAAGCAGUUUUUCCAUCCGAGCUGCUGACUCAAGCUGAAGGCUGCUAGUUCUGAGUCAUUAACCCAGACUGUUAUAUAAGCCAAAAAACAGGAAUUCAGAGGAGUUACAUUACAACUGGAACUGCACUUCAAAAGCAAUUCAAUGUCUAGAAAAUGCUUCAGGAUGAACUGAGGUCAUGAAAAACCAUACAAGUAUAAAAUAGCUUAUUUCUCACAAGAAAUGAACUGUUGUUCAGUAUUGAAGAUCAUCAUAUAUCAUAGAAUCAUCGAACCCCAACAUUGCAGAAGGAUGCCUGAGCUUGCUGUCCUUGCAAACUAUUAAAAAGUAAACCAGCAGCAGUUUAAAGCAAAAGGAGAUGUUGGUGUAGUGUGAGGGUCACCAGAACAGUAAUCCAGAAGUGCAUGGGUUCAAAUCCCAACAAUCUGGAAUUGAAAGUUAAUGCCUAUGAUGGUGACCAUGAAACUAUCACUGAUUGUCACAAAAGCAAUUCACUGCCCUUAAGAAAAUCCCCCAAGACCAUCUGGUCUGGCCGAUGUGUGUCUCCGGACCCACAGCAAGAUAGCUGAUUUUUAACUACGCUCUCAAAAGGGCGUGCAAGGCACAGAGUCCAAGGAUACUGGCCUGUUAGCCCCAUCCCAUGAAAGAAUAGGAAUAAAAACAUUCUGGGGAUUGAAACUAAUGUACAACAGGGGUGUAAAAUGGGCUCAGAAUCAGCAGCUAAUUUUUCACUGUACCCACUGAAACUGUUCAGACUCUUUACGGAGGCUCAUUUCCUCAAUUCACUGUCACAUCUCUCUUAGUUUGAAAAUUAAAAGUCUUGGCAACAUUUCUCAAGUCAGUGUAAAUUGAAAACUGUUCCAGUGAAAAGUCUGCUCCUGAUUCUGUACAAUAUGCUGGUAGUUAUACAUCACUAUUACUGGUGUUAAGUUUUUUUUAAAAUUUCAAUUUAUUUAAUUAACUGAAUUUAAAUUCCAUCCGGUAACAGAACCCAUUUGCUGGUUCAUCUUCCGAAACCUCUGGAUUACUGUACCUUGAUAAUGUAAUUGAAGUUCAUGAACUUGUUUAAUAAAAGUUAAUAAAAUGCUCAUUUAAUAAAGAA